AAUCGCGACUUUCUCACCUCUCUCUCUCUCUCUCUAACUUUUUUAUAUAUAUAAAUUAGGGUUUUUGGUCAUUUGGUUCCUCUUUUCUAAAUGAAUGACACUACCAACAACACCAAUUCUAAUCAACCCACACAACCACCACCAUCACCACCAGGUCCAGUACCUACUGGUGCUGCUAAGGAAUCCGAGGAGGAAUCCUCUUCUCCUCGAUCUUCUCAUUCCCCCGACGAGAAACCGGAAUCUGCUGCUGCGGUGGAAGAGGACGACGAGGUGAUGACGGAGAAGGAAUCUGCAGCUGCCGGUUCGAAUAUUCCGACUGACGAUCCGAUGGAUGAGGACUCUGGCAAUCCAGCUACUGUUUUCUGCAUCAAGCUUAAGCAGCCUAAGUCUAAUUUGCUCUAUAAAAUGAGUGUUCCCGAGCUAUGCCGCACUUUUAGUGCUGUUGCUUGGUGUGGGAAGUUGAAUAUCAUAGCUUGUGCAUCAGAAACAUGUGCGAGGAUCCCGAGUUCAUCUACCAUCCCUCCAUUUUGGAUCCCCAUACAUUUGGUCAUACCAGAGCGACCAACUGAAUGUACAGUUUUCAAUGUUAUAGCAGAUUCUCCUCGCGAUUCCGUUCAAUUCAUGGAGUGGUCCCCUACUUCAUGUCCCCGUGCAUUACUAAUAGCUAAUUUCCAUGGACGGACAACCAUUUGGACUCAGCCUUCCCAGGGACCAGCAAAUCUUGUGAAAGAGGCUAGUUGCUGGCAGCUGGAAUAUGAAUGGCGCCAGGAUAUCGCAGUUGCUACAAAAUGGCUGUCGGGAGUUUCUCCGUAUAGGUGGCUCUCAGCUAGAUCCAGUGGUUCCACAAAAUCUACAUUUGAGGAGAAAUUUCUUUCGCAGCAACCACAUGCUCCAGCUGGUUGGCCAAAUUUUCUUUGUGUUUGCUCUGUUUUCUCUUCGGGAUCAGUUCAGCUCCAUUGGUCUCAAUGGCCACCUAGUCAGAGUGAUGCAACAUCCAAGUGGUUUUGCACUAGUAAAGGGCUUCUGGGAGCUGGGCCUAGUGGAAUAAUGGCUGCUGAUGCUAUUGUCACUGAUUAUGGAGCCAUGCAUGUGGCUGGUGUGCCCAUUGUUAACCCAUCAACUGUUGUCGUUUGGGAAGUUACACCUGGCCCCGGUAAUGGUUUUCAGUCCACCCCAAAGGCAAUUGUGAAUAAUGGAGUUCCACCAUCGCUUAACCCUCCUUCCUGGGAUGGUUUUGCCCCGUUAGCUGCAUAUCUGUUUAGCUGGCAGGAGUAUUUGUUAUUAGAAGCAAAACAAGGGGGAAAGCAGACAGAACAGGAUUACAGUGACAAGGUAGCACUUCAUUGUUCUCCAGUUUCAAAUUUUUCUGCAUAUGUGAGUCCUGAGACUGCAGCUCAGUCAGCGGCUACCACAACUUGGGGUUCUGGUGUUACUGCAGUUGCCUUUGAUCCGACACGUGGUGGUUCCGUGAUCUCUGUUGUGAUUGUUGAAGGGCAAUACAUGUCCCCUUAUGAUCCUGAUGAGGGUCCUUCAAUCACGGGCUGGAGAGUUCAACGCUGGGAAUCAUCUGUUGAGGAUGUUGUGAUCCAUCAGAUAUUUGGAAACCCUAGUUCUAACUUCGGUGGCCAGGCACCAACACAAACAGUUUGGGUGAGUAAAGUGAUUAAAUGCAUCCCAGCAGCCAGUGAGUUUAGAAGUCCUGGAGCAGCAGUAGUUCCACCAAUUUGUGAUGGGGAAAGUACUCCUGCAUAUGGUGUUGAGACUGCAAAGAGGGUCAGUUUUGAUCCGUUUGAUCUGCCUUUUGAUGUUAGAACUCUUGCUCGAAUUGUGUAUUCUGCUCAUGGCGGUGAGAUUGCUGUUUCUUUUCUACGAGGCGGUGUUCAUAUUUUCUCUGGUGCAAACUUCGGAGCAGUUGAUAGCUACCAGAUUAAUGUUGGUUCUGCAAUCGCUGCUCCUGCUUUCUCUUCUACUAGUUGUUGUUCAGCUUCUGUUUGGAACGAUUCUAGCAAGGAUUGUACUAUGCUAAAAAUUAUUCGGGUUCUCCCUCCUGUUUCUAGCAGUCAAGCAAAAGCUAAUUCUGCAACUUGGGAGCGGGCUAUUGCUGAAAGAUUUUGGUGGAGUCUCUUGGUGGGAAUUGACUGGUGGGAUGCUGUUGGCUGUACACAGAGUGCUGCGGAGGAUGGCAUUGUUUCGCUCAACAGUGUUAUCGCCGUGUUGGAUGCUGAUUUCCACUCGCUCCCCUCCACUCAGCACAGACAGCAGUAUGGACCUAGUUUGGAUAGAAUAAAAUGUAGGCUGCUAGAAGGUACGGCCGCUCAAGAGGUUAGGGCUAUGGUCCUGGACAUGCAAGCAAGGCUGUUGCUGGACAUGCUUGGUAAAGGAAUUGAAUCAGCUCUGAUAAAUCCUUCAGCUUUGGUCCAAGAACCUUGGCAAGCAUCUGGCGAGACAUUAUCUGGUAUCGAUCCUGAAUCAAUGGCUGUUGAACCAGCGCUUGUUUUUAGCAUCCAGGCCUAUGUUGAUGCAGUCCUUGAUCUAGCAUCACACUUCAUUACUCGUUUGCGACGUUAUGCAAGUUUCUGUCGUACACUGGCAAGCCAUGCUGCUACAGCUGGCACAGGUGGAAGCCGUAAUUUGGUUACAAGCCCCACACAGACUGCCUCUGCUACUGCUACUACUACAACUCCAGGAACCCAAAAUGGAACUGCAAGCUCUACAGGUAGUACUCAGAUGCAAGCCUGGGUACAAGGAGCUAUUGCCAAGAUUAGUAGUACAACGGAUGGUGUUCCCAGUUCAGCUCCAAAUCCGAUAAGUGGCCCGUCGACCUUUAUGCCGAUAAGUAUCAAUACAGGAACCUUUCCAGGAACUCCAGCUGUUAGGCUUAUAGGAGACUGCCAUUUCCUCCAUCGGUUAUGUCAGCUCUUGCUAUUUUGUUUUUUCUUCCGACGAACACAACUACCCCGCUUUAUUGGAGCUGCUCAAAGACAUGCUGAUCCAUCAGUCCAAAAGCCUGGUGUGCCAGGCAAAUCAGAUGAAACCAACUCAGUAACUACAAAACCGUCAUCAACUCUAACCAGAUCAGAGGAAACACAAGUUCCAAGAAUUGGACCGGCCGGAAAUGGUGCAAAAGGGCCUGAAGAAGGUCCACCUGGCCGGUCAAGAUUUGGUUCCGGAAAUGCUGGUCAAGGAUAUACGUUUGAGGAGGUGAAGGUCCUCUUCCUUAUACUUAUGGAUCUUUGUCGGAGGACAGCUGGUUUGGCACGUCCACUACCUGUUUCCCAGGUUGGCAGCAGCAAUAUCCAGGUCCGCCUUCACUACAUUGAUGGAAACUAUACUGUUCUACCAGAGGUUGUAGAAGCAUCACUUGGCCCUCAUAUGCAGAAUAUGCCUCGGCCUAGAGGUGCAGAUGCUGCAGGUCUGCUUCUACGGGAGCUGGAACUCCAUCCUCCAUCCGAAGAAUGGCAUAAGAGGAAUAUGUUUGGCGGACCUUGGUCCGAUUCGGACGAUACUAGUCUUUCAGACGACGGUACUAAAUUUAGCAGCUCGAUGGAUUUGGUCGGCCCAGGUUCGUCUGAAAACGGUGAUGUUUAUAAUGGAACCCACACCUUGUGGCCUAGAAAGCGUAGGGUGUCUGAACGAGAUGCUGCUUUCGGAUUGAACACUUCGGUGGGCCUCGGAGCAUAUUAUGGUAUCAUGGGUUCCCGAAGAGAUGUUGUAACAUCUGUCUGGAGAACAGGGCUUGAAGGAGUGUGGUACAAGUGCAUAAGAUGCUUGAGGCAGACAUCUGCUUUUGCUUCACGUGGCGAUAGCAGCAGUCCAAACCAGAACGAGAAAGAGAUAUGGUGGAUAAGCCGAUGGGCAUAUGGAUGCCCCAUGUGCGGAGGAACAUGGGUUCGAGUUGUCUGAAAUUAUCAUGUGCCUAUAUAUAUAUAUAUAUAUAUAUAUAUAUAUAUAUAUAUAUAUAUAUAUAUAUAUAUACUAUUCGUCGUUUCCACAACAGAAUAUGCAUGCAUAGCUCGUUCAUUAAUUUCUAAGUCCUCCGUUUGCAUAUAAAUUUUCUUGUAUAUAUAACUAAUCGCCUUGCUAAUUAAAAACUGUCAAGAACAUAGUCCUCUCACUCUUGCUGUCUUUUUUCCUGCGCUCGUAGUUUGACGUUUUAGAACGAUAUCUAAUGUUACCAGGAAAAUGUAGUAUAGUCGACAGAGUACCUAGAUCAUUUGUAUAAACUGAAGUUUCGGACAGUUGAAUUACGGUGGGAUUUUUAUUCCUGUUUUGUCAGUAAA